UCUUGUCCUGGUGGAUUGGGCCAAUUUCUGUCUCAUCCACCAUUCCGGCUAUCCGAUGGGCUACCUGGUUCCUCCCUCCAAAGCGGCUUCUCCCUUUUACCUCUACGGGAUCUCAGAUCCCGCUCCUUCGUUGCCUGCUUUGGGGGUUUUCCAUGGGGCCUCGCUAAUUCUUUCCCUUCUGUUUCAGGAUUCGGCUGUGCCAAAGCCCUCCAUUCAGUUCCGAGGGAAUAAAGGGCACAUCUCGAUACCUCAGCCCGACUGCCCAUCAGGGGUGCGAACGUUCUCGUUCUAUCUCUCCAACAUCGGCAAGGACAGCCUGCAGGGAAGUUUUGACUGUAUCCAGCAGUAUGUCUCCAGCAAUGGUAACAUCCAGCUGGACUGCCUGGGGGGGAUCCAGGAUAAGAUCACGGUCUGCGCCACCGACGAGUCGUACCAGAAGGCCAAGCAGAGCAUGGCACUGGCCGAGGAGGAGACCCGCAGCCGGGGAGCCAUCGUCCUCAAGACGGGGGCCCAGUACCGGGGGAAGACCGUCAAAGUUCGCAAGCCCGCGCAGGGUGUUUCGGACGCCGUCCCGUCCCGGAAGCACCCGACUCCGGUCAACCUGGCCAGCGCCAUCAAGAAGAGCCACAGCGCGGUCUCCCAGCGGCCGUUCAGAGACCGGGUGAUCCACCUUCUCGCCCUCAAGCCUUACAAAAAGCCAGAGCUGCUCCUGCGGCUGCAGAAGGAUGGCCUUUCCCCUCCAGAUAAAGACUCUCUGGAUGGCAUCCUGCAGCAGGUUGCCAACGUGAGCGCCAAAGACAGCACCUGCACCCUCAAGGACUGCCUUUACAAAGAGGUGCAGAAAGACUGGCCGGGUUACUCAGAAGGAGACCAGCAGCUGCUCAAGCGGACCCUCUUCCGGAAACUCUGCCAGACGCCAAACGCCGGCUGCCCCACAGAGAACCCCCCUGCCAGCCCCACCAGAGAUAACGCCCUCGCCGCCUCCCCUCCCCAGAAGCGACCCCAGCCCCUAGAAUUCACGGACUCCACCUCCAGCAAAAAGCAACGGAUCUCCCACUUUGCCCAAAGGACUUUUAAUGGGAAGCUCGGGGGCGCCGGCCACGGGCCCGGCGUGGCGGCCACGGCGGCCGAUUCUGUCACCUCCAGCUCCCUCUUGCCGGCACCGGAGCCGCCCCGGCCUCACGACCCGCUUGCCGACGUCAGCAACGACCUGAGCCACGGGGGUAGCAAGGACUCAGAGCUGACAGAGCCAGCCGAGCGGACAGCCACAUCCCGGCCGGCCACGGACUCUGCCCAGGCGAACAAACACAACGGCGGACUUCACUUGAAGUCGAAAAAGAAGGGGAAGAAGCACAAGGAGAGGGACCGGACGGGAGAGCCCCCUCUGCUGCCGCCGACCCCGGCCACCCGAGAGAAGCCCCACGGUGAACAAAAGGAGGGUGGCCCAAGAAUGGGGCCCACCCAUGACGGGGCAGGUUUCAAUGGGACGUGCAACAGCUCCAGCAUUCCCACCUCGACGCCAGACGCCCCAGAUUAUUUGGUCACCUACGGCGCCAUCGCCUCCUCGGAGCAACGGCAGAGCUACAAAAACGAUUUCAACGCGGAGUACGGCGAAUACCGUGGCCUCCACGCCCGGAUCGAGAGGAUCACGCGGCGGUUCAUGCAGCUGGACUCCCAGCUGAAGCAGCUGACGCAAGGAUCUGAGGAGUACAAGACAAUCCACGAUCAGAUUUUGCAAGAAUACCGGAAGAUUAAAAAAACGAACCCCCACUACAGCCAAGAGAAAAACCGCUGUGAAUACCUUCACAACAAACUGGCCCACAUCAAAAAACUGAUUGCCGAAUACGACCAACAGCAGUUCCAAGCGUGGCACUGAAACAGGGCCGGAGAAGAGCCGAGGGCGAGGACGCCACCUCCCUCCCACCCACCCCUUUGAACGGGCGCGAAGCCGCGACCCGUUUCCCAAAGGCGAAGAGUGGGAUGAGGUUUGGAGGGGGAAACGCCGUUCCCAUGGCCCGGCUCUCAGCUUUUGAGUCUCAAGCGGGUUUGCGCCAGGUCCUUCCUGCAAGACAUCGGCCGCUUUUCCCUCAGAGGCCGGCAUGGCCCCGGGUCCUCCAUGCCCGGCGCUGCUUUUUCUCAUAUUGCAACCUUCGCAGAAAAGGUCCCUCGGCUUACGUUCAGAGCCCACCAAACGUGAUCCCCGCUCCCGGAAGAGUUUGCAGCCCUUCCCUGCCGGGAGUGUGUGCGUGUGUUCACUUGGAAAGCGGUUCCUCCGCGGAUUCUGCCUCGCCAGCCCGUAUCUUAACAGGGGGCCACCCAUUCUUGGCCCUCUUCCCCAUCGGCCACCCGUUCCCGACACUCUCUGUGAUUAAAUGGCCAUAACAGCCCACUGUUUUCUUUUUUAAUUUAUACAUUUCCACCACCCCUCUCUUCUCCUUUCCGCCCCCUUCUGCUCCCUCCCGCUUCGAGACUGGAGUUUGGUGUCUUUCCAGAAGCGGGACGGACGCACACCCGUCUCCCCAUCGAGGCCACCCGAGGGUCCAGUUGACCCCAAAAGUGUUCGUCGUUCAGUUUUCCUCAGAUUCGCCUAUAAGCAGUUUUGAAUUAAUAGCGGAUGAGACGGGUUUUUUGCUUGCUGUUCACUUUUAAAAUCGGGGCCUUUUCCCCCUCCUUCCUUCCUGACCAAGAGGGAGAGCCCUCCUUCAGUUUGAACCCGUGACCAGCCCCAUCUCUUCCCUGGCACGAGGGGAGGGGGCUUAAGGAGAAAAGCUGUGAAGAAAAGAGCCAGAGGAGGGAGGGGAUGGGGGUGCCCCGACUCCCUUCUCUGGCUUUUCCUGUGGACUUUCCAAAGAAAACAACACCCUUCAAAGUCUAACUUGAAGAGAGCGGAUGUUUGAAUUCUGGUGGACAGUCUCCAAGUUUUUAACACCCUGCCCCACCCCCUUGAAAAAAAUAAAUAAUUCUGCAUUGCCGGUCAAAAGGAGGGGGCAUUUCAGGUGAGGGAGGCACGUGCUUAAAAACACAACCCUGAAAGUCCCCAUUUUGGCUUUCCCUGUUGGACUCCCCCUGAUUGGCUUUCCCUGUUGGACUCUCCCUGUUUGGUUUUCCUGGUUUUAUUCCCCUCUCGGUCCAGGCAAGUGGUUUGGAUCCCUUUGGGUUCUCGCCGUCUUCUCUCUUAAUCUUGGAACCAAAAUGACCUCCAGCCGAGGUGGCCCCUCUUUCCCACACACCCGCUUCUGCCAGUCAUAGCCUGUCUGGGCUGUCCUCCAAACCGUUUAGUUUUGAGGAGGGGGUCCCCCACCCCUCCCGAGGCAGCCAGCGUUUUGUCUCAGGUCCGUUUCCAUGGUCUUUCCGGGCUGGAGAGGCGAGCUUUCCCUCUCCUCCUCUCUCAUCAGCCAGUCGAGCAAAGGGGUCUUCCUCGAGCGUGAGUCGAGGCCCGGCAGGUGUGGGCUUCCCACAUGUCACUCCCUGAUGUUCCUGAAAUGUGAAAAUGAUUCCCCCCCUUCCCCGUGGAUGCGUGGGUUUCUCCUCCCUCUUCUCCUGACCGUUAUCCACUUGGAGGCCAAACCCUCUUCCAGAUUGGGGCAAACCUCUGCAGUCAUGAAGUGAGAGGCGAGUUACCCGCACACACACGUGGAACGUUCCCAGGCCACGCUCUGGGCCUCCUCGUGCACCAGCAACUCUUCUUUUGCCACGCAGUCUUCCAGCCACGACGGCUCCUUCAGUGCCGGAAAGGGUGGCUGGGGAAAGCUUCCCGCUCACCUUUAAGGAGGUUUCUCUCUCUCUCUGUCUCUCUGGAGUGCUACGUGCCACUGAUCUUCCUCCGCACCUUAAAUGACAAAGACGUCGUCCAGAAAGAGCGCCCGGACGUCAUGUCCGCCCUCGGCUUCCUUAAGGUUCAGGCCACGUCUUUAGAGUGGAUCCGUGGGUGUUGGUGGUUUUCGUUUCUUUGAGAUCCAGGCCACGGCAUAGACCCCCCCUCCAAAGCUACUCUCCAACCCAAGGGAGUAACUCGCCUUCCUAAGAACCAGCACAGCCGCUGAUCAGGAUCCAUCCUCGGGUGGAAAAUGCACCAAACCUCAAUCUUUUUUUUCCGACGGAGGAGGAGGAGCAGAUCCAAAAAGGGAGUGAAGAUGAACCUUGGCGAGGGAGGGUUCGGGUUUUCUCAGAACUUUAAUAUUUUUGAGAUUUUGGGGUGCGGGGUGGGCCGGAAAGUGAUUUUUUGGAGGGGAAUUAUUACUAUUAACAAGAGAUGGGUCUUCAGUUCUUUCUAUGACAAAUUGCUCUCUAUAUAAU